UUCAAACGUCAAGAAAUCAUUCAACAUGACAGACUGGUGGGACAUCCCGUAUUUUACCGCAAUUUAUACAUUUUUAAAAACUAUGCAGCAGAAAAUGUAGUAUAUUUACAUGUAAACAGUUGUAUCGGCCUAGAUUGAAAAUUUGCGGCGUCUGACGAACAACAUGGUGAUAAAGUUUCCUAAACCCGGUGAAUUCAUUUUGAGAGAUGACCACAUGGCAUCGAUGAGGAAAUUUUUGAAAUUGCACGACUUUGAUGGCAAGACAAAGUAUUUCUGGAUCGGCGUCAUAAGCUUAGAAAUUCUUCUUCUCGUUAGUAGAGUUACGGUUAUAUUCCAAUGUCUAGAUAGACCGAGAAGGGUUGUUGAUUUGAGCGCUACAAUUCCUAUAACGAUAACGGCUUUGUUGAAGGCGAUUUACCUUUACUUCGAUAAAAAUCGAGUGAAGUACUUAUACAAUACGAUCGAGUCAGAAUUUUGGGAUUUUCGAAUUUGCGGGCCAGAAGUACAGAAACAAGCGAUUACUAGAUACAAAUACAGCAGUCUAGUCUUAUGGAGUGUCGUAACAAAUGUGAUUAUUUGUUAUUUACUUCUCCAGAUUUUUCCGAUGACACCAAUGCAAUCGGAGAGCGAUAGGUUGUUGCCCAAGGUCGUCUGGAGUCCUAUCGAUUUAAAUCCUAGCCCCUUACAUGAAAUUGCGUUUGUCAUUAUACUCCUAAAUGGACUACUGACUGCCUUGACCAAUAUAAUCUACGACUAUUUCUAUGUGUACUGCGCGCAGCAUCUUGUUGUACAGCUUAUGAUACUCCAAGACCUGUUGAGAAAUAUAACAGAGGACGUUAUGGUUGAUUUGUCAGACGUGGAGAAAUUCAAUUCGGAAGAUUUCCAAGACACUGUUAUGGAUAGGAUGAAGAUUUGCGCGGAGAAUCACUCCAAACUGUUAAAGUAUGGUGAAAAUCUCGGACGUUUCUGUUCACUAGUUCUGGUUCCACAACUAGCCCUAACUUACGCUGGACUGGUGGUUAGUGGAUUCAUAUUAGCUACGGACGGGAGCAGCUUUUACCAAGAUGUAAUGUAUUUCAGUCUUUUUUUGAAUACCUUGGUCGAGCUGUCUAUUUUCGCGAUACCCUCUAGCCACAUGAACACGCAGAGCUUAUUGAUGCUAGAUGCCAUUUAUGAUUCUAAAUGGUAUCUCUUUAAUUCCCGUAUGAAAAGAGCCUGUACGUUUAUGAUGAUGAAUGGACAGGAAGGGAUCUCAGUCAAAGCAGGAGGAAUCACUAAAAUAGACAACUCUCUGUUGGUAGACAUGAUGCAGAAGGUAUUUUCAGCAAUUACAUUGAUGACAGCUCUAAUAGAUGCAAAUCAAACAAAAUAAUACGAACUGAUGGUUCUGAGGUUCGAAUUCAGUAAUUGCACAUAUUCACC